GGUACUUGCGAUCCAGAGAUGGAAAUGGUACUAGUAUGACCAAGUAUACAUAAUUCCUGGAUCGGCCAGUGCUGACGAUCACGUCCCUGUCCCCUGGUCCGGACCCUCGAAUGCCAAACCAUACAAGUCGAGUCGACCGACUCGACCAUAGUCAUCUCGAACACUGUGACCGUACGAGUUCGGAGGAUUUCCGGCAUCCGAGAGGAGACGAAUUGGAUUCCUGGGUCAUGCUUCGUACUCCGUGGCAGGCGAACGGUGGGAGAGUUGCGCCACGCAAGGGGGUAAAGUUCAGCCACGGCACUCACGGAGAAACCGAAGGCCAAAGUGCUCGUACAGAAUGGAGAGAAGCCCGCCAAGGACGAGUAGCACAGAGAGAAUACUCCGGACUCCGUAUUGCGUACACUCCGUAUUCAAAUCGAGAGUUCUGGAAAAGGUAGUUGUAGUUCUGGAGGGCCAAUGUGGCUGAUCCAGCGCCCCACGCGACCGCGCGGCCAAACCCAAAGGAUUUGCUUCCAUUAGGGCUUCACGAAAGGUCCCUUGGGAACGAGAUCGGGGAUCGAACAAGCCAGUCGACAAUAGUCUAGCCAUUCCAGAGGCCCCCGAGGAGCUCAAACGGAAUCGAUUCUCAAUUCGACCGGUUCCCCCUCAAAAGCCAAAUCUUGUCCCGAGGAGGCCUGAGGAUUUUCCGGCACGUCAUGUCUCGGUGCCGCCCCAGUCCGUCACGUCGAGUCUUUUCUUGGCUUUUUCUUGAACUCCCCCGGCCUUGUCCUUCCUUGAGAUCUACUCUCCUUCGAUCUUCGAUGCGAUCCUCCGUCCCUUCUCGACCAUGACCAUGACCCGCCCUCCAUCCUCUCCCUCCUCCUGCGACUAGUCCUCCUGCCUCCCCGGAGAUGGUCGGCAUUCUCCCGCGCUCGCCUCCAACCCUGUCGGGCUCCGUCCAUCCACCAUGUCCGUCGAUGGACCCGAGGCGCGGGGGUUGCGGGCUCAAUUGGCCGCGUUCAUCGCACCCUUCCGCACACCCAUCGUUGCGCCUCAACGGCGAGGCUGGCGUCCCCUAGCUUUGCGCCCACCUUACCUCCUCUCUCUUAUAUCGCUUCUGCUUUUCAUGCUGUUGGCUCUCGAGGUUCUACGACAAUACAGCCGUCGUCAUGGCGGGUUGGCCUUCUUCAGCGAUACCGACGAGGUCACUGCGUUGCAGUCAUUCGCGUAUAAUUAUGUGCCCAUCAUGGUCGCCCUGUUGAUGGUAAUGGUCUGGACGGUGACCGACUUUGAUGUGCUACGUCUCGAACCGUAUUUUCAACUCUCCUUGCCCGAUGGCGCGCCGGCCACGGUCCUCUUCAUCAAUUACAACUUCGGUCAAACCAUCCUCACUCCCAUCAAUGCGGCCCGCCGUCGACACUGGACCGUCUUGUGGGUCUCACUGCUGACCCUGUCGAUGCGCAUGAUUCUCCCUGCCUUGCAAAGUACCGUGUUCGAACUUCGGCAAGUGACCGUGCAGAACCAAGUCCCAAUGAAAAGUUGGCCCGACCUGGUAUCUCUUGAAACGCAAGCAACUUGGAUGGCCACCCAGGCCAACAACACCGUGGAUUCGGUUCUGUCAUCGGAAGAGCAAUCCCGCCGGUCGCGGUCGAUGGAAUAUGCCAUCGCACCAGUGGAGAUUCCCAUCACUGCCGACGAGGCCGAAGACACCCUGUGGAAACUGGAUCAGGAAGUCUACUGGGCUCAAGUCGCAUGUGAGAACAUGUCCCUUGAGAACAAGUUGUCCGUUACGAUCAGCACCUCGGAUCAAGGCUUGUCAACGGUUUCAUGGAACGCCUCCGGCGUCGACCUCAACGAUGCCUAUGGCCAGGCCACCUCGUGUAAGCUGGAUUUCUCUUAUGACAGCGUUUUCUUUCCCGGCACCGAUUAUCUUCAGGUUCGCUAUUGGGAACCCGUGAUCAGCACCGCCGCCGAAUCCCAGGAUCGAAAUCACUCACGGGCGUUCAAUCUCACCGGAUGUGACCCGUACGAUAUAUACGGGAUGCUGAUCGCCGUGAAUGCAACCGAGUCCGAGUCCGAAGCGUCCAACGAUUCCACCUACGCAGCGUCCGGGGUCGCCUUUGCCUGCGACAUCACAUACCACAAGGCUCAAGCUCGGGUGUCGAUGCACUCCAACAGCUCCAUUGAAAGCCUCCACGUAAAAUCUGCGACCAGUCAAACCUUGACCAGCACCGAGUUCAACAUCGACCACUUCCAAGCCCUGCUUUCCGAACGGGCACCGUACACCAGCGAUAUGCUCUUCAUUCGCGACAAUGAUACCACCGGUGGCCGCACCGUGACGGAACUGCCCGUGAUCAGCCAGGAACUCGGCGAACUGCAACCGCUUCUCGUCCUUGACACGUCUACCUUGAUGACCGAAAGCGAAUUCGCAUCCAAGAUCACGCGCGAUGUGGAACAAACCUUUGUCCUGACCCUUGGCCGACUGUUCGAUCCCGAUGUUCCCCCCACCGUGGUUUCCGCGACUCGGUCCGUCAACCAAGUUGCGAUCGCCGUCGUCGAAUUCGCCGCACUCUGGUCCGAGCUUAUCCUGGUAUUAGCCUCUCUCACGGCCGUCUAUCUCCUGUUCUUAUACCGAUUCCGCGAAACCUUUCUUCAGAGCGACCCUGGGUCAAUCGGAGCCAUGUGCAGUAUCGCUGCAGAUAUCUUCCAUCCCUCCAACGUUCUCGCACAGCCCCAUGUCGAGUUCCAUCAAUUCUCCACCCGCCAGAUGCGCAAAAUAUUCAAGAAAGCCCGCUGCUAUUGGCGUUCCGAUCUGUCCGGCAAUAGACUGGAGAUUCUCGCUGAAGAUGGUUCACCGGUGCAACUCGAAGAAGAUUUACGGGUUCAUGCCGACCCAAUGCCUCAUUUCUUGCUCAUCCCCUUCUUUAUUGUCGAGUUUUUGGCUUUGGCCGCGGUAAUUAUCCUGAUGGCGCUCGUGGUGUCUUCGCUUGCCCGUGAUGGCAAAUUCCGACAUCUGACACAGAACGAUUCCACAUCGUUCCAAGUCAUUUUUUCAUUCCUGCCUUCUGUUGUGGCCUCUUCUGUGGGCUCACUAUGCACUUCCAUUCACCGCAACCUCAGUGUCCUCGAGCCUUGGGUCCAUCUUCAGCGAGGAAAGGCGGCUGCGAACAUCUCUCUAACACUGAACUACUCGUCCCAGAGUCCGUUCGCAAUCCUGUUCAAGUCGAUUCGUGACCGCCAUGUCUUGCUCGGCUUGGUCUCCCUGGCUUGUAUUGUUAAUUUGGCUCUGACGGUCGUGGCGGGUGGAUUGUUCACCCAGGAACUGACAUCCUCGGUUCUCUCGACCCAAGAUUUGACCACAAACUACAGUCAAUCCGUCUUCUGGCGAACGGACUUUGCGGCAGAGUUCACGGAGUAUGACUUGAUACAGACAAGCAUUACCAGUGGGGUUCCCAUGUUACCCUGGACAAGCACAAAUCAGUCGUUCAUCCCUCUUCAUAUUCACAACCGCAGCCCAGACGUGAUGUACGGUGCUACUACCCUUGCUGUUGGGUCGCAAUUACAGUGCUCGCCACUAUCUCCAGACGUUAGCCUGGAGUACAACACAACCUCUGGUCAUCAAUCUUGGCGGUAUACCAUGUUCGACAACUCGUCACAGCAUUGUGUCGCUCCCAUGCCAACCCUGAAGAACAAGAAUGCGGGAAUUGCUCUGUCCAUUCAAUUCCUCUCUGCCAGUGAUAGUAAUGACUCCAACGUCUGUCAAACCUCGAGCGUCAUCGUUGUUGGCCGCUGGAACUACAUGGCCGACACGGCAGUCACCGACGACAACACGAUCGCUCUACACUGCGAGCCACAUGUUCAGCUGCAGAACUAUACAAUUACGUUCGACCAAAAGGGGCAGAUCCAGGACCACGAUCCGAUUGCGAAUACAUCCAUCGCCACUGGCGAAAUGUAUGAGAAUGCGACUGUGAGUUUGGGACAGUUCAAUAAAGUUUUUGUCGCCAUUCCUGAGAGCUACGUGGGCAACACCACCGUCCAGAAUGGAACGUAUAAUAUUUCUUCCUACGAUUGGGCUGGCUUCCUCGUGGCACGCUUGUAUCAGCGGGAUGACCCGGAUUUCGAUUCUCUUGAUGUUGAGCGUUUCACCGGUCUCACUCAGGUCGUCUACCAGUGGGUCUAUGCCACGUACUUUUCCCUGUGGCAUGAGAUCUACCUCCAGCCACUGGAAAACCCACUCACUGCGGCAAAUGCCACCGUGAUCCGAAGCACGUGGGGUAUGGUGCCCUCGGUGCCGUCCCUUGCCAUUGCUCUGAUCAUCAUUGCCUUCGAUACGCUGGUUGUUUUGGUAGUCUUCGGCACUCGCCACGGCCGAUUCCGAGGUCCCCGAAUGCCCCGGUCCAUUGGUGCAAUCAUCCCCUGGAUCGCACAUAGCCGCAUGUUAGGCGACUUUCGCGAUACUUGCACGUGGUCCAAUGCUCAGCGACGUGACCACCUUUCCACGCUGGACAAAAGAUACGCUUUCAGACAAUUCAUGGGUCCGGAUGGUCGUUGGCGCUUUGCUGUAGACGAGGAGCCGCCCGAUAUCAAGCCACCACCGGAAUCACCCCCACUUGAAACCCCGGCAUCUGAUAGUUCUCAAAACGAGCCCGAGUCAGAAGCCGGUAAAACCACGUCUAUCCAACUGCAAGAGUUAUCCAACCCGCAGUCACGGGCGCGAAACUAAUCACCGACCUUACGUAUGCGACGACCUUUGUUUUCUUUUUUUUGUUUUGGAUGCCAUGACCUGUAUAUAUUUUCUGGGCAAUUGGCGUUUAGACUCAUUCUAUCUAUUUUGAUCAUGGACCUGGCGCUUGGAUGCAUAGAUGGCUCGGACUUGUCAGCUGGUUCUGACUGUUCUCUAAUGCCUCGGCGCUUGCAUGGAGGAUGCGUCUGGAUGGCGCGGAAGGAGUUGGAAUCCCAGGUUUGGACACCGGGAUGUGGAUGUGGAUUUCCGACACUUUAUACGAUAGCAUGUCUAGCGUCCUUUGGAUUUCUUCGUGCAUGAUUGAGUCGAUAUUUACCCUUGAAUAUAUGAUUUGGGUUGAGCCCAAUGGGAUAGGGUUUUGCACCCAACAUCUUACAAGUCAAUCAAAGAACAAAGACCAUCUCCAGGUGCCCCCAUCAGGCGUAGGGUACGUUUUAUGAUGUGCCACUACCUAACAUGGAGCAUAUGGACAGCAUAUUGAAGGCGUACUUUACCUACGAUAUGGG